AUGGCUAGCGUCGGUUAUUUCUCAGUUAAUUCAUUCAGGGGUGUUCGUUCUCCCCUGCGCGCUUGCGUCACACGUGCCAUCAACCCAGGUACUCAGCCAUGGAAUUCGCAAAUAAUCAAUUACAGUAGAUUUUAUUCGAAAACACCGAGCCUGAAGAGCGGACGAACCCGCGUCGCCGUGCUUUACCAAGCUUUAGACCCUCCGGUAAUAGGGGGUGUGAAAAAGCCAAAGAAGCCUGGUGGAUACCAAGAUUCAGGGGCUGAUAUAGCUUUUAACCUUAGCAAGCGUGCUGAUAUCGAUGUGAUCAGCCCCAUGCCAGUUCCGAAUCCCUCUAAGGAUGCUGGUUGGUGUUUUCCAGAUACCGAAGAGGGUAUCUUGGAAGCAGUAGACAGAGGAGUAACACAUCUUUGGGCCAAUACCAUACUUUUCGCAUCGCAUCCUCUUCAAAUAUCAAAGGCUUUGGAUAAGCAUCAGGAAACACUUCAAGUUGUUGGCCAAGGCCCCUUGGUUGUCGAAAAAUAUGACGAUAAGCAAUACGUUAAUGAUCUACUACGUCGGCUCGGCAACUUUACUAUGCCAAAGGCCUGGUGGAUUCAUAAUAGCCAGGACGUCGCUGCCGAGCUGAAUGGUGUACCAUAUCCGAUCGUGGCGAAGCCGGUAAGGGGUAGGGGCAGCCAAGGCGUCAAAGUGUGUUAUAGUCCCGAGGAACUUAUCGCUCAUUCACGAACACUCCUUGCCAAUUCAUCUUCUAUCAUUUUAGAAGAAUUUCUCCAAGGAGAGGAGAUUACCAUAACGGUUAUGCCACCGACCCAGCAGGGGUCGAAGUAUUGGUCUCUCCCAAUAGUUACGCGAUUCAAUCAUGAGCAGGGUAUCGCUCCUUACAAUGGAGUUGUGGCAGUCACUGCCAACUCCAGGGCUAUUUCAGAUACAGAGCUGGACCAAACGUACCUUCAGGCCAUAGAAGAGUGCCAAGCAGCUGCCGAGGCUCUUGGGGUUACGGCUCCGAUCCGAAUCGACACGCGUCGGUUGAAAGAAUCCAAGGAUUCGAAAUUCGCGCUAUUUGAUGUUAAUAUGAAGCCAAAUAUGACAGGGCCUGGCCGACCUGGUCGAGAUGACCAGGCAAGCUUGACAUUAAUGGCUGCGGCUGCUUUAGGAUGGGAUUACCAGGAAUUAUUAAGACGUAUACUUAGUACUUCACAUUCCCUCAAAGACUUAAGGACUCUGACACCGAGGUAA